AUAUUCAUUGGAGUCAUUGUUGUGUUGGAGUGAGGGUUUAAGGCCGUAGAAGCACUUUGACGCUGUCUCUUCCACUCUUCUCCGCCGCCGGGUUUGCAUAUCACGCGUAAUUAACAAUUAUCGAUUGAAAUUGAAGUUUCGUAACCCAGUGUGCAGCGUAUGAAUUAGAAGAGAAGGAGGCGAAUUUGUUCAUUUGUUGAGUGCUUGAAAUGGGUGAUAUUUGGUGGUCCCUUUUGGGGGCAGCGAUCCCUGUGGUGGUUGCAGGGCAAGCGUUUCGAGUGAAGAAACGGCGCGCAGAGGAGCAGAGGCUCAAGAGUGCCAGGGGAAGGGAAAGGAGUUCCGAUGAAAUCUUCGUGUGUGAGAGGGUAUGCACCUCUAAGAGAAUGCUCAAAAAGGUUGGAUCUUUCUCCAAAGACCCAAUUCCUGAUACCUGCGUCACUGUGUGUGGCGUUUCUGACCUUGAUGCUUGUGCUGAUGCCUGUGCCCGCACUGUUUGUGUCAACCAACAUCAGGUCCCUAAUUGGAAUGAUAUUUGCCUGAGAAGGUGCCAGAGUGAAUGUCUCAAACUCUCUUCUCAGUCCUCCUAGCACUGAAAUGUGUGUCUGAGUGUAUACUGGGUUUUAGUAUUAUUGUCGUUAGAUUGAAUGCUUUGUCCCAUCAUUUUGACUCUGGAAUUCUGAAUUAUUGAAGAAAAAAAAAAGAGUUUCUAUGAAAAUGCAAAUGGGGUUCAUUUUGUGUUCAUUGA